AUGCCAUCGACAUUCCAACUCACAUGUUGGCUGCUACUUCUUGCGCACUCCACUUUUGGGCAGAGCAACACUCUCGGUUUGAGUGAUGGAUUCCUUUCAUUCAACACAUCAACCUUUGCUGUCCAAUUGGUCAAAGAUUCUCAAACUUUGUACUCUCUGACGACCGUUGACGGAGGUUUCAACUUCAUACCUUCUGACAUGAUGGCAGAUCGCGCGAACAACGGGAACUACCAUCUUGGGGAUAUCACCUUUCGCGCUCGAACUGUUGGAUCAACUGCUUGGACCACCGGGGAUACCUCUACGAGUCGUGUUAAACUUACGGCUUCGUCCGUAUCGGGUAACACACGGGCAGCUGCCAAUUUAGCCCCUACUCUACCUCGAGGUUCCCUGCUGAACAUUACGCGUCGAUGGGUUGUCGAUGAUAACGUACUCCAACUUCUUUUCGACGUCACCAACUCGCAGACUUCGGCGGUCGAAAUUGGUUCAUUGGGCGCACCUUUGGAGUUCAACAACAUCUUCACGGACCGUACUGCAGCUCAAACAAAUACCUUAUGCAGUCUUUUCGAUCCUUAUAUCGGGCAAGAUGCGGGAUACGUUCAAGUGACCCCACUUCUAGGAACCCUUCCUCCACUUGUAGUUCUUCCUGUAGGCCAAUCGCCACUCGAAGGCUGGCGGUUCCUUCCUGAAUCUACCGUCCUCACACCGUUCUAUCAAUCUCAAACCUUCGAAGGGUUGUAUGAAUGGGAUUUCCACACCUUAGCGUAUGCAGAGGACGAAUGGGCUUCUACAACUCCCUGGAACGCUCCGACGUCUUUCGUGUUGCAGCCAGGCCAGACCCGAACUUACGGUCUUCAAUUCCGAGUCGCACCGUCGAUUCGAGAAAUUGAAUCGACAGUUGCAUCUACUGGUCAACCCGUAGCCGUGACUAUUCCUGGAACCAUUCUUCCUGCUGAUCAAAUCGGGAAAGUCUUCCUAAAUACGAACACCACUGUCGCAAAUAUCACUGUCAGUCCAGCUGGCGCAUUGACCUGGGCUACUAACACUGAUGCUCUAACGGCUGGCUGGCUUGGAUACACUAUCACCCCCCACACCUGGGGACGAUCUCGUCUUUCCGUGACUUAUUCAGACGGGAGGUUACAAACGAUUCACUAUUAUGUCACUAAAGGUGCAACUGCGGCUCUCGACGAUCUCGGUACUUUCCUUACUACGUCGCAGUGGUACACCAACACGUCGGACCCAUUUCAUCGUGCGCCGUCAGUCAUUAGCUACGAUCGUUCAGUUAAUGCACAAGUGACCAACGAUCCUAGAGUUUGGAUCGGUGGACUGGGAGAUGAAGCAGGCUCUGGAUCUUGGUUGGCUGCUGCCAUGAAACAAUUUGUACAACCCGAUGCAGCUGAAGUCGCUAAAUUGGAGCAGUUUGUCAACCAGACAUUAUGGGGAACUAUACAGAACAGGAAUAACGCGACCUCGGUAUUCUUCUACCAACCUAAUUUAGUUCCAAAUUACGUGUAUCCGUCGAACGAAGAUUGGACUGUUUGGUGGUCCUGGAAUCAAGCCUCUGCUUGGGCAACCGGAAGAGGAUACGACUAUGUACACGUCACAGCCGCAUACUGGGCAAUGUACCGCGUUGCUCGCAACUAUCCCAGUCUCGUUUCAGUACACGAUUGGCAAUGGUAUCUCAAUCAAGCCGUCCUCACUGUCGCAACAUUGACCGACGGACAGGUCGGGUAUGCUGACGAUGGGCUGAUGGGGGAGACUGUCAUCCACUAUUUGCUGAAUGAUCUUCAGAGGGAGGGAUUGACUGCGAACGCUACAUUGGUUCAGAGUAAAAUGAAAUCUCGGUGGCAGAUUUGGUCUACUGAAAGAUAUCCAUUCGGGUCUGAAAUGGCUUGGGAUUCUACCGGACAAGAAGGUGUCUACAUAUGGUCAACAUUCUUUAAUGAUAGCGUCACCGCUCUCAACGCCCUCAACUCCAUUAUCGCAUACCAGCCUGUGGUCGCACAUUGGGGGUACAACGGCAAUGCCCGUCGCUACUGGGACAAUAUCUACGGAGGAAAGCUUAUGCGUAUUGAGCGACAGAUUCAUCAUUAUGGUAGUGGCUUGAAUGCGCUUCCCUUGAUAGAAUCAUUUGAAGCCAAUCCUACGGACUACUACCUUCUCCGAGCUGGAUUCGGCGGUCUCAGCGGGCCUCUAUCCAAUAUCGACGAAGAAGGAUUCGCAUCAGCCUCAUUCCACUCCUUUGCAGAUACCCUGGCCUGGGAUGCUUACUCCGGAGAUUAUGGACCCAACUUCUCUGGUCAUUCCAUGGGCAUGGGCACCUUCAUCAUCAACCACCCAGACUUUGGUUGGCAAGCAUUCGGCGGUAACAUAGUUGCUACAUCCCCUGCUGUCCAAGUCCAGAUCAAGGACUCCGUUCGCCGAAGAGUCUUCAUUGCGCCUUUGGGUGCCCUGCUCUCUCUUGAUUCCGGUGCCUUCUCUACGAUCAGCUACAAUCCAACUGCGAAGACGGUCACUGUGACGAUUACACCGGUGGCAGAUGGUACCACUGGUGCUGCCAGUGCUCCAGUGGGGAGAUUAGUAAUUGCUCAAUCAGCGCCUGUUGCUGGUGUAGGACUUUUGAAGCCAACGAGUUCUUUGGCCACGGAUGCGGGUGCAUUUGUAAUUCCCUUCACAAACGGUGUCGGCACGGUAACCCUUUCAUAAACGAAUCUGAAAUAACAAAGUACAAGUAUUUUCAAAAAAACAAUUGAUGGUCCGCAUAAGUUACAAAGUACAUCUUGCCAUAGGCUGCUUUAAGGACAAUAAAAUUGCUGUGUUGAACCAAAUGUAUCGACGAUUCAAAUGUCAAAUGAAUUCAUUGCGCUCCUUGGGCACUUGGCGACAACAUUGUUGAUGGGUUCAAGUCUCCUUAU